AUGAACGAAGAUACAAAGCAUAUCAUAGCAGAACUUGAAGAAGUAACCGAAGGGCGUUAUGAAAUUAAACGUCGAUUAGGAAGAGGUGCAUAUGGAGUUGUUUUUGCAGCAAAAGAUAAGAAAACUAAAAAGAUGGUUGCCAUCAAAAAAGUUGAACACAUCUUUGAUACACUUUUAGAUGCAAAAAGAUGUCUUCGUGAAGUGUGCAUACUUUCGCAUUUCAAUCAUGACAAUAUAACGAAUUUAAUUGAUGUCACAUCACCUUCGGACUACAACAAAUUCAAUUACUUAAUUAUCAUCAUGGAUUUAAUGGAAACCGAUUUGCAUCGUAUUAUUAGUAGUAAUCAACCUAUUACGGUUGAACAUCAUAGAUUUUUCAUUUAUCAAAUCCUUCGAGGUCUUAAAUACAUUCAUUCCGCAAAUGUACUCCAUAGAGACUUGAAACCUGCUAAUAUUCUUGUAAACGCAAACUGUGAUUUAAAGAUUACAGAUUUCGGUCUUGCCAGAGUAAGCGAGUUAAACGAUGAUAGCGAUUUCCUUUCUGAAUACGUGGCCACUAGAUAUUACAGACCUCCGGAAGUUCUUUUGAAUUAUAAUACUUAUGGACCUGCUCUUGAUGUUUGGAGCGUUGGCUGUAUCCUUGCUGAAAUGAUUCUUAGAAGACCUUUAUUACCGGGUAAGAAUACUCUCGAUCAGAUUGCUUUAAUUGUGAAUUUAAUUGGAUCUCCUUCAGAACAAGAUUUAGAAGAAUGUCCAGCUCAAAACGCAAAGAAAUACGUACAAAGUCUUGGUGAGAAAAAGAAAGUUGCAUGGAAAACAAUUUUCAGAGGUAAAUUAUACAUUGAUGAAGAGUUAGACCUUCUUGAUAGAAUGCUUACAUGGGAUCCACGCAAGAGAAUCACUGUUGACGAGGCUUUGGAGCAUCCUUUCUUAAAUUCAUUACAUGAUCCAACAGAUGAACCAGAAACAUUCCCUCUUGAAGAAUUCGAAUUUGAAACAGAUAAAAUACACCUCAGAGACCUGAAAAGAAGACUCUGGGAAGAAGUUAUUCAAUAUCAUCCUGAAUUUGGAGAGGCACCUCCUGUUAAGGAGACCUAA